CAUCAUCUUGAAGAAGUUGAACACGAAAUUACCAAUGGUUAUAAAAGAAGAAAAAUAGUUUUUAAAUCAUUGUACCUGCUGCCAUUUGUCCCUUAGAUACUGUUAUCUUGGACCAGUGUGUUUUGCUUGCAAGAGAUUGCGAGAGGCUGGUAUGAGGGAGUUCCUACACUGUUUGCUAUCUAAGAGAAGAGACACCAUCUACUGGUGGGGAAGUUUUUCACCAUGUUUGGCCUGGAGGCAAGAGGAGCAAAAUGGUUUCUGUUACUAUCAUUUGCAUUGACUGGAGUUCAUUCUUCACAAGUAGAGGAGGAUAACUGCGGCUGCAGAGAAAAAUUGAAGGAGCUAGAGAGCCAGAUGAAAACUGUUUUAGAGGUUUUGGCUUUAAAAAGCCACGAAAACCCUGAAAAAGGAGAAACAGAGCAAUUAAGCCAGAAGAUGAAGGACGACGAUAGAAGACCCAGGUCAGAUGACUUUGGAGUGUUGGAGCCUGUCGUUCAAGGACUCAGUCGGACAGUCCUUGACCUCACAGGGCAGAUCAGGGUACUGCAAGAUGAGCAGAAGCAUAAAGGAUCUGUGUUUGUCCGCUGGGGCCACAACCAGUGUCCACAAAACACAGACCUUCUCUACUCAGGCUCAAUGGGUGGGCCUUUGUGGUCAGACCAUGGUUCAGGUUCGAACUUGCUUUGCCUCCCAUCUAACCCUGUAUUCGAUAAUAUGAAGAGGACAGUCUGUGGACCAUCCACCAUCUAUGGGUCUGAGUACGAGGUGUGUCCAGAUCCUCAUCAGGAUAUGGACAUCGUGUGUGCGGUCUGCAGAUCCUCCAGUCUGACGAUCAUGAUUCCAGCGACCAACGCCUGUCCUCCCGACUGGUCAGUUCUGUACUCGGGUCACGUGAUGGCAGGCUACGGGGGCUACGCUGCCUCCACAGACUACGUCUGUGUGGACAAGGAUCCACAGGACCGACCGGGUGGAGAGGCCAAUAUGGAUGGCCAGCGUCUGUACUACACUGUGGCCAAGUGUGGCAGCCUCCCGUGUCCCCCCUAUCAGGAUGGCGUGAUUCUGUCCUGUGUGGUUUGUUCCGCAUGAAAGUCACAACAGUUCCCUGUUCCUUAGUAUUUUUUAAUAUAUAUCGAUAGAUAUUUCUCACUGACACGGGGCAUUUGGUACAGUUUCAGCUGUGUGUGAACGAAGACAGUUUGUGUGAGAUUAUCCUGAUCGUAAAUAAAUAAAUGGCGGCGUUUGUCACGUUUUAAAAGGGAUUGAAAACGAGAUGAUCGUAUGCGAAAUUAUA